CAGAAUAUAUAAUACCCUCGACGAUCUGGCGUAUAAAACCAGAUCUUGUUUGAACGUUUGUCAGACGAGGAAUAAUUGUUAAUUACGUCUCAACGUUUUAAAUCAUAGAAUUACAAAAUGAACAAUUUACGUAUUGCAUUUGUCAUAUUGGCAUGUUUAACGGUGGAGAUCAACUCGGAAGCAAUAACUAAUUGUGAUAGUAAGGAUGUUAUGAAUGGGGUUGGGUACAAGGCAAGUCCAAACAGUUGCCGAAAAUUUAUCCAGUGCCAGGAAGCUGAUUCAACCCAUAAUGACACUAAUAACGUUCUCAUUACGGCCAUGGAAAAGGACUGCGGCGACAGUCUUUUCUGGAACCAGCAAGUGAAGAAUUGUGUGAGAUUCCCCGAAUCCGACUGUUAUAAUGGAGAGUGUGAUGAUGCCACGUAUCUCUUUGAAUCAACCAGCAGUUGUGGAGCUUACUUUAUCUGUACCAAUGCUUCUGUUUCAUCUGGAUGCUGUCCAGAAAGCGCAACUGCCUUCGACCCAAUCAGGAAAGAAUGCGUCUUUUCAUCAACAUGCGAGUACAAAUGUAACUCAAACGCCACCGAAUCAGCAUGCAGUGAUAUCUACAAGGUGCACGUUAUGGAUUCCGGUAAAGUCAAUCCGUGUAAAUAUGAGGUUCAUGAAUCCAACCAUGCGCCCAAAAUCAUGAGCUGUGGAGCUGGUACGAACUACGAUGCUGAAAAGUGUGCUUGUUUAGGAGGAGGAGAAACAGAACCAAAACCAUGUCCAGCUGAGGUAUGUAAACCCGAUUUUAAACUCACAUUCGAAAACAACAGAAUCAGAGAUGUGGCUGGUGGAGCUUGGAUUCAGAACGUUGGUCAAGUGUCGGUAACAGAUGAAAGCGGAAACUUCAAUGGAAACUCCAGACUUGCCGUUGUCCGAUUUUCAAACGUGGAUUUUGGUCUCCCAAUGGCUGUUAAACUGAGGUACCUAGAUACAGUUAACAAGGAUGAUAUGACUGUAUUGAGUACGGGUGGUGAUAUUGACCUUCCAGGACUUUUCAUCAAGGCUGGUAAUGGACGUGUUACUAUCGGAGUUUUAACUGUAAGCGCAAAUACGAAUUUUGAACUUCCUUUGAGUUCUUCUGCCACAACAACCGGUAUUAACACAUGGAAAGAAGUUGUAUUAUAUUAUAAUGGUUUGAGUCUAUCUGGUGUUGUACGGUCUUUGGACACUUUCGGCAGCAUCACACCGAUCGAAGCUGUCUCUGUACCUGAUAACGUAGAACGAAGUAAGAUUUUAAAUCUGUUAUUGAUAUAA